AUGCAGUACGUCCUUGGCCUCGGAAAAACAUAUAAUCCGCAUCCGUCGUCGCACCUCCGUUAUCCUGGCAUUGCCCGCAUCGCCCAAGCCAUCGAACGCCUCAAGGAGUCCCCGAGGUUUCAGGUGAGAGUCUUUUUCGUCAUGGCUCGCGAUAUCCUGAAAGCCGCCAAGUCGGCUUCGAGUGCCAUUGCUGUCCAUAAGAAAUAUACGGUCCAGUCCACGGGUGUCUGGGAACGCAUUCGCCGUCUUCUCGCCAUUGCACCAGAACGCUCUACCGGUAUUCCCUUGAAUUCUCAGUAUCGUCUGCCGACUCCUGGAGCAUUGCCUCCUCUGUCAUACGAUGACCCCGUUACCAUUCCGGCCGGCGAUAUUGCCGACAACCCUUACUGGAAGCGAGACACUCGCAGGAACUACCCCCAGCUGAGCACCGUCAGCCAAGCCGAUGCUGUGGGCCUGCUCACGGUUGGCAGCCAGGCCGCCCCGAAGGAUGAUGUUCUGAAGAUUGGUGAGGCCGGAGAAAAACAAUUGGUUGCUGUGAAGGAACAGGGUCAAGAACGGGGCUUAGCCGCCCUCUUUGAGAAGGACAAAAACGCCGUCCAGGGCGUGCUGGGUGCCAAUGGCCUGCCACCUUCGCCUUGCAACUUGAACACCAUCCCGCAGUCGUCACAAUCCAAGUACGAGAUUGAUCCAGAGCAUGGCUACCCAGAGGUGUACCCCUGCCGUACUUUUGUUUGA